UGACCAGACGCCUGCGCGAAACGAAUGCGCAACGUUUAUCGAGCUCCGCGAGAAAAAAGCUAAAUUGGGAACGGCAAAUGUUUGCUAUUAUCUCAUUGUUAUUGGAUUAAUAGACGAAUUUUCAUAGGGUGUUGUCUCUUAUAUACUAACAAGCCACAAUGGCUUCCGAAGAUGGAAACAUGAUGAAUUCUACAUCUCAACAGCAAUACCCACAACCUAUGAAUAAAAUGGAUGAUAAAAAUAUGCAGGAUGACUCAAGAUAUCCUCACAUGGGAAAUAUAAGUAACAGAGGAAGACCAGGAAUGGGAGGACCUCUGUCUGGAAUGCCCGGACAACAAGGAAUGAAUCCACAACAGAAUAUGCCAGGAGGACCUAUGCAAGGUAUGCCAGGUGGACCAAUGCAUGGGAUGCCAGGAUCACAUAACAUGGGUGGGAACCCUGCUUCUGGAAUGUCUUCUGGACCUCCUCCAGGAAUGCAAGGUGGACCAAGCCCAAGUAUGCCAUCAGGUCCAUCACCAGGAAUGCCAGGAGUUCCAUCUCCAGGAAUGAGAGCUGUACCUUCUCCAGGAAUGAGAGCAGUACCAUCUCCUGGUAUGAGAACAGGUUCCUCCCCUGGAGCACAGGGGCAACCAAUGUCAAGUGGACCACAAGGAAUGCAUGGGGGUCCUCCAGCGCAAGGUAUGCCACAAGGUCACCAGGGCGGUAAUCAAGGAAUGCCAGGUGGACCAUCUAUGGGUAUGCAAGGUCAGCAACCAAAUAUGUCAGGACCUAAUAAUAUAGGUGGACCCAAUAUGCCGAAUUCCAACAUGAAUAACCCUAACAUGCCACCAAAUAUGCCUCCAGGGGCAAUGAACUCUGGUAUGAGUGGACAGAAUAUGGGUGGACCAGUCAUGAACAUGGGACCUGGAACAGGUGGACCUAAUACAACAAUAGGACCCAACAUGCAACCCAGUAAUAUGAGUGAUCCAGGCUCUAAUAUGCCUCAAGGUGGUAUGAAUAUGCCAAAUUCGGGAAUGAAUGGUCCUUCACCAAAUGUUAAUAAUAUGCCUGGUGGUGGGAUGCCUAAUGUACAAACUGCUGCUAUGGGUCCGCCUAAUCAAUCCAUUGAUGGAAAUCAAGGUGGCAUACCAGGACCAAGAACAUCAUCAUUCGCUAAUCCACAGCUCCAUCAAUUAAGAGCUCAAAUCAUGGCAUAUAAACUGAUAUCUAGAAAUCAACCCAUUCCAGAAACCUUGAGAUUAGCUGUAGAAGGUAAACGACCACUUGGACCAUUCCCUAGGACAGGAGAUGUUCAUCAACAAAUGAGAAUGCAACAUCAGGCUCCAGGUGCUCUACCGCAUCAACAGAUGCAACCCAUGGGAAGACCACCAACAUCAAUGGAUGGACCGGGUGGUGAUCACCAACCAAGUACUGACAGUGAUUCCAGCACCCCCAAACCUCCCACAACUAGUACUCCCCAACCAUUACCAAAUCAACCAGCCCCUCCCCCAUCAGUACAAGCUAUGAUGGCUCUUCAACAAAAACAAAAUCGUGUGGCACCAGUUGAAAAACCUAAGGGGCUAGACCCUAUUGAAUUGUUAAAUGAAAGAGAAAAUAGGGUUGCUGCUCGAAUAAGUCAAAGAAUUCAAGAGUUAUCCAACCUACCAGCUACAAUGUCGGAAGAUUUGAAAGUCAAUGCUAUGAUUGAAUUGAGAGCUCUGCGUCUAUUAAAUUAUCAACGAACUUUGCGAGCUGAAGUUGUGUCAUGCAUGCGAAGAGAUACAACAUUAGAGACAGCCCUUAAUACUAAAGCUUAUAAGCGAAACAAGAGGCAGUCGUUACGUGAAGCACGUGUUACAGAAAAACUUGAGAAACAACAGAAGGUUGAAUAUGAAAGAAAACGCAGACAAAAACACCAGGAAUAUUUGAAUGCGGUAAUACAGCAUGCCAAGGACUUCAAGGAGUUCCACAGAAAUAUAACAGCUAAGAUUGGUAAAUUAAAUAAGGCUGUAAUGACUUACCAUACAAAUACUGAAAGAGAACAGAAGAAAGAACAAGAAAGAAUAGAGAAAGAACGUAUGCGCAGACUUAUGGCUGAAGAUGAAGAAGGUUAUAGAAAGCUGAUUGAUCAGAAGAAAGAUCAUCGUCUGGCUUAUCUCUUAGAUCAAACUGAUGAGUAUAUAUCUAAUAUUACUAAACUAGUCCAAACACAUAAAGAAGACUUGAAGAAAAAGAAACGAGAAAUGAGAGGAAAGAAAAAGAAGAAGGUUCCUAAGAUUGAAGCUGGGGCAGAAGCCCAACUUAUGGAGCCUAUUGAUGAACUAUCUAAUAUGAGUAAUCCAGAGAAGCGUUUAACAGUAGUACAUACUGCUACUGGUCAUAUUAUAUCUGGGGAUGAUGCACCAUUUGCUAGAGAUAUACAAGAAUGGAUGGCUCAGAAUCCUGGUUAUGAAGUACAGAAAGAUGAGGAUGAUGAUGAUGAUGAGGAAGAUGAAGAAGAAGAAGAGAGUGAACCAGAAGAAGAACAUAAAACACCAAACAUUGUAACACCAGCAAGAGAUGAUGAUGAAUAUACUGUGGACAGUGAAUCUCUCAAUUAUUAUGGUAUAGCCCAUACUAUACGUGAAAAAAUUACACAGCAAGCUUCUAUAAUGGUUUACGGUAAACUUAAAGAGUAUCAGGUUCAAGGUUUAGAGUGGUGUGUAUCUUUGUAUAAUAAUAAUUUAAAUGGUAUUUUGGCUGAUGAGAUGGGUCUUGGUAAAACUAUUCAGACUAUAGGUCUUAUUACGUACAUGAUUGAAAAAAAACGUGUCAACGGACCUUUCCUGAUUAUUGUACCAUUAUCAACGUUAUCUAAUUGGCUUAUGGAAUUUGAUCGAUGGGCUCCAUCGGUGGUGAAAAUAGCUUAUAAAGGCUGUCCACAAACAAGAAGACUGUUAGCACCACAAUUAAAGUCAGGAAAAUUUAAUGUUCUCUUGACCACUUAUGAAUACAUCAUUAAAGAUAAAUCAGUUUUGUCCAAGUUCCGUUGGAAAUAUAUGAUCAUAGAUGAAGGUCAUAGAAUGAAGAAUCAUCAUUGUAAAUUAACAUGUGUAUUAAAUACAUAUUAUGAAGCUCCACAUAGACUGCUAUUAACAGGAACACCUUUACAGAACAAACUACCAGAAUUAUGGGCAUUGUUAAAUUUCCUGCUACCCUCUAUAUUUAAAUCAGUAGGAACAUUUGAACAGUGGUUUAAUGCACCUUUUGCCUCUACUUUAGAAAAGGUUGAACUAAAUCAAGAAGAAACUCUUUUGAUUAUUCGACGUCUUCAUAAAGUACUACGUCCAUUUUUAUUGAGAAGAUUGAAAAAAGAAGUAGAAUCACAGUUGCCAGACAAGGUGGAAUAUGUGAUAAAAUGUGAGAUGUCCGCUCUUCAAAGAACACUGUAUAAACACAUGCAACAUAAAGGUGUUCUUUUAACAGAUGGCUCGGAGAAAGAUAAAAAGGGUAAAGGUGGUACUAAAACACUCAUGAAUACCAUCAUGCAGUUGAGAAAGAUCUGUAAUCAUCCUUUUAUAUUUCAACAUAUUGAAGAAGCAUUAGCUGAACAUUAUGGUAUUCAGGGAGGCAUUAUAAAUGGACCAGAAAUUUACCGAGCUUCAGGAAAGUUUGAACUACUAGACAGAGUUUUACCCAAGUUACGAUCAGAGGAUCACAGAGUGUUAAUCUUUUGUCAGAUGACAGCAUUGAUGAGUAUUUUAGAAGAUUUCUUUGUUAGCCGAGGUUUCCGUUAUCUGAGAUUAGAUGGUAUGACAAAAAGUGAUGAUCGGGGCCAUCUGUUGGAAUUAUUUAAUGCUCCUAAUUCUCCCUACUUCAUCUUUUUACUGAGUACAAGAGCAGGUGGUUUAGGUUUAAAUCUCCAAUCAGCAGACACUGUGGUUAUAUUUGAUUCUGAUUGGAACCCGCAUCAGGAUUUACAAGCUCAAGAUCGAGCUCAUCGUAUUGGACAAGAGAAAGAAGUACGAGUGUUACGUUUAAUGACUGUUAAUAGUGUUGAAGAGAGAAUCUUAGCUAAAGCUCGAUAUAAGUUAAAUGUAGACGAGAAGGUUAUUCAAGCUGGUAUGUUUGAUCAAAAAUCUACUGGUAUGGAAAGAAGACAUUUCCUUGCUACUUUACUUACACAAGACGAAGAAAAUGAAGAGGAAGAAGACGAGGUACCAGAUGAUGAAACUGUCAAUCAAAUGAUAGCUAGAUCAGAAGAAGAGUUUGAAAUAUAUCAGAAAAUGGAUAUAGAUAGAAGAAGAAAUGAAGUUAGAGAUGGUAAACGAAAACCAAGAUUAAUAGAAGAAGAUGAAUUACCAUCAUGGAUGAUUAAAGAUGAACAAGAGGUUGACAGACUGACGUUUGAAGAAGAAGAAGAUAAAUUGUUUGGUCGUGGUUCUAGAUCUAGAAAGGAAGUAGAUUAUUCUGAUGCUCUUACAGAAAAACAAUGGAUGAGAGCUAUAGAAGAUGGUAAUUUAGAAGAAAUUGAAGAACUCCCACCUAAGCCUCGUAAACCGAGAAAGAGAAAGGGUGAUUCUCCAGUACAAGAUGCAAAUACACCCAAAAAACGGCGUGGUCGACCUCCUGUUGAAAAGAUGGCUCCAAAUCCACCUAAGCUUACUAAAUUAAUGAAAAAAAUACUUGAUGUGGUUACCAAGUAUAAAGACAAUGAUGGUAGAGUAUUAAGUGAUAUGUUUUUAACUCUUCCACCGAAGAAAGAACUUCCAGAAUAUUAUGAAAUUAUUUGUAAACCGGUGGACUUCAAGAAAAUUAAGGCUAGAAUAAAGGAUCAUAAAUAUAGAUCCGUAGAUGACUUAGAGGAUGAUGUCAUGUUAUUAUGUCAGAAUGCUCAAAGUUUUAAUGUAGAGGGAUCAAUGAUUUAUGAAGACUCUAUAGUACUACAGUCUGUGUUUACUAAUGCUAGAGAGCGACUAGAGAAAGAGUUUAAUAUAGAGUCUAGUGAUGAAAGUGGAUCAGAAGAAGAGGAUGGAGAGGAGGAAGAAGAAAAACCAGUUAAAAAAUCUAAAAAAGGUGAAAGUUCUAAGAAGAAAAGUGCUCCUGAACCAGAGGAGAAAGGAAGUGGUCGUAAAAGAUUAACUAGAACAGCAAAAGUUAAGCCAGUUAUAUCUGAUGAUGAUUCUGAUGAAAGUAGUUAAUAUAAAAGGUGCUGGACUCCGUUAUUUGAGUAAUGUAUGAUAACUUGUGUAAAUAGUAUUUGUGUAUUGUAGAUCAUAUUAUAGUGUAAAGUAUUCUAAUCAAAUUCUUUGUUAUGUUUUUCAUUUUAUCAUCAAUGAAUAUAGGUGUUGUUUAUUAUAGUAUCAAUUAUAUUGCAUAUAUCAUACUGCAAUUUAGAUAAAAUUCUUGUUUAAAUGAACCAUUUUCAAUACAUCAUGCACAUAGAAUUUCAUUUUAAUAACAGAUUUUAUAGACAGGAUUCAAAACUAAAUUGACUAUUUCACAAGGAAUAAAAUGUAUUUUCAUACAUCUAUAUAUUUCAAGCUUUUGUCAUAAUAUAACAUAUAUUCAUGAAUUCAGUCAUGUUCAUUGUUAUUGCUAAUGUUCAGUUUGGUGUUAUUAAUGUCACUAUGAAGUCCAUGCUUAAUAAUAAACAACAAAAUAAU